AUGUUUUGGAAUUGGAAUUGGGUGAAUCUAAUGCCCGAUGGACCUUACAAAAGCAUACUAGAUUAUGGGGAUGAAGAUGUAGGUUUUGAACAAGAUCGAUGUGUUGAUGCGAUCCGUUAUUGGUAUUGUUGUAUACAUCGGUACAAUGAUCAUGUCAAAUCCCAUAGAACUGUUAUUGAGCUUGAAGAAGAGAUGAACAAAGUAUUUGGCAUUUGCUGGCGGGUAUAUAAUACACUAUGGGAGUAUAUGAGUGUGACACUGUAUUCAAAAUCGUUGAAGGUUCAGGGAAAGACCUCUGAGGAGAUUCACAAGACCUUCAACAUCGAUAAUGAUUUCACCCCAGAGGAAGAAGAGGAGGUUAGGAGGGAGAAGAAGUGA